GAGAGGCAUUAAGUUUCACAAGUAGUUCUCUUGCUCGCAACAACAAGAAGCUAGUUCAAACUAGUGGAAGGUUGUCUGCUGAUAAAAAAAACAACACAGCCACCAAAACUAGAAGAAAAAACACCAAACCCUAGAAGAAGAUCCACACAUAAAUAUAUCAAUGGCUCGUGGAAAGGUUCAGAUGAAGAGGAUCGAGAAUCCGGUGCAUCGACAGGUGACCUUCUGCAAGCGCCGUGCUGGGCUCCUUAAGAAGGCCAAGGAGCUCUCUGUGCUCUGUGAUGCUGAAAUUGGACUUGUCAUUAUCUCUUCCCAUGGAAAGAUCUAUGAACUUGCCACCAAAGGAAGCAUGCAAGGGCUUAUUGAGAGGUACAUGAAGUCGACCCGAUCAUCAGGAUCUUCGCAACAGCCGUCUGAAAAUGAACAACAAGCUGCCAUUGAUCAGCCACAACCAGCCCUGGAGGUUAAAGAGGAGAUCAACGUGCUGAAACAGGAGAUCGAAAUACUCCAGAAGGGACUCAGGUGCAUGUUUGGUGGGGGAGCUAAUGGCAUGAUAACUUUGGAUGAAUUACUUAUACUUGAAAAACAUCUUGAAGAAUGGAUUUAUCAUAUACGCUCUGCCAAGAUGGACAUUAUGCUUCAGGAAAUUCAACUAUUGAGGAACCAGGAAGGAAUACUGACAGCUGCUAAUAAACAUCUCCUCGAGAAGAUAGAGGAGAAUUAUAUUGGGACUGCUAACUUUGCACCAGUGAUCACUAAUUUUCCAUAUCCGCUAACUAUACAGAAUGAGAUAUUUCAGUUUUAGAGAAAUUUAAUUUCCUAGGUUUGGAGUACUGUAAUAAUAAAGUUAAAAUAAUUAUGGAUGUGUUUGUAAUAUAUAUGUCUACAUAGGUUGUAAACUGUGUAGAUAUAUAUAUAAUCCUGCUAUUAAUUGACGCAAUGGAGUGUGAUAUAAGAAGUUUUUGUUUGGAACA